AUGAGGAUAAGGUGCUUCCAACACAAGGGACGACUUUGAUCAUUCGAAUACAAUGUUCUCCAUCCUUGUGCGAUGUUACUAUCGCAUCUUACAGAGGAGGGAUGACGUUGGGAACACAAAUGGAGCAAGGUCGAUGACGUCUCCAAGAAAGGCAGCCAGACUACGGAAAUCUGCGAAACGGCUUUCCGCACUGCUCAGGAAGACGCACUUACAGCUGCCCACCCCAGCUAAGGCCCGAACGGCUGGUGUGGAAGAGGGAACUAUCUCUGUCAUGACAACAACAUCGGCGCUUCCAGCCUCAGCGCCUCUUACGGCUCCAGUAGACAACAAUACAGCCCAAAAACCCCCAGCAAACAUGUCUUCCAGAAGGACACUUGAUGAGAUCGCCGAAGUAGGCCGACCUCACGCCCGGAUCACCCAUGCACCCAAGCUUGAUGGCGAUUCAAUUGGCCCAGCAACACCCAUCCCAACCCGAUUAUCCAGAACGAGCGUUUCUGGUAUCUCCUCCUCACGUCCCGCCCCUCCUUCGCCAGCCCCUUCUCGACAGUCAUCACUCUGUACCGGCACCCACUCACGCUCCCGUCCCGUCUCAACAUCAUUUUCUGUCGCUUCUUCUACUGUCCAAUCCCGAAGAGAAGGAUCCCCCCCCGCCGAUAAUAUAGCACCAACAGGGAGACAAAAAAAGACGAAAUCUCGACGAUCGGCCAGCUUGAUUAUUCGUGUUCGUGACUAUGCAUUUCCGCCCUCUGAUGAACGUCACUUGGGCGCCCUUACCCUCUCAUCGCCCCGCAACAGCGUGAGCUCCUAUGCAUCGCGAUUCAGUGGUUUUGCCUCCCGAUUUGGAUUUAUAUUCGGUGAUCGACGAGCUAACCGGAGAGAUGAAUCCCCACUGCGAGCAUCUACUCCGACGCAGGAUGAGGAUGGGACUGCUGAUUAUGGAUACGAGGAAGGAAAUGAAACGGGAGCCGACGGUCAAAAUGCAAUAGGUCAAGAUCCAAUCCUCGUUCCCGGAAUCUAUCGGGCGAUGUAUGACUUCGAACCUCAGGGAGCCCAUGAAAUGGCGCUUCAGGAAGAUCAGCUCGUAUACGCGCUAGGGAAUAGUGGAGGAGACGGCUGGGCCGUCGUGCUAGCUGAGGAUUCCGACGAACGUUUCCUUGUGCCCGCCGUGUACCUUGAAUGGUACGCGGAGCCUGCCGCUGUUCGGGGCUUAGGGACCAACUCAGGCAGUACACAGCGUUGAGCGCGCGGAGCAUAUCUUAGGCAAUUCGUGAUACUACUUGAUGUAUCCUAUUCAAAAUGAUCCAGAUCGAACAAUAUGAUCAUGAACGCUGACUGAGUAUCUGUAGAUUACAGCAUUGUCCAUCAUACGUACGCACAUCUAGUGCGCUUCAUCGCGUCGAUCCGUGCAACAUAGAGCCGUACUGUCUGGU